AUGGAAUUUCCGGUUUGGUUGUGGCGCCCUAAUGUGCAGCCAGAAUCCCCGGUGAAGGCGGACGACUAUAAGUGUUGCUAUUUUUGCGGUUGCUCAUCAAAGUGCUGGUUCACGCUAUGCACGGCGAUCUGGAUCCUCGCUUCUAUCAUUUUCAUUGCUUCCGCCAUUUUUGUCUUCCUCGUCCGACCCGAUGUUACGGUGAUUGCCCUAAGACAACCAGGGCUUUACCUUCGUCUGGCAGUCAUUGUCUUGGGCUUCCUUGCCGUCAGAGCCAUUAUGACAAAGAAACCCGGCUACAUGCAGGCCUUUAUCAUCGUUUUUGCUUCCCUCCAAGCGUUGACACUCCUUGCAGAAAUCUUUUUUGGGCAUCACCGUGAUCAGGGAUACAACUAUGAGGGCCGAGGGUAUCGCGAUGAUACCGUGGGAUACAACGAUGGUGCAAUGGGGUACCGCAAUGAUCACAUCGGCAUGUGGGAGAUUACCGAACGAAUUCCGGGGCUGAUUAUUGGCGCAAUAGUAGCAAUCUGGAUGAACGUUGUCGUCUAUAUGUACUACUCCUAUAUCAGGGAUCGCCAGCUCGAGGUCGAACAGCAAGAGUUAUGUUCUGCUGUGUCAAAUUUUCGAUGGCUUGAGUUGUCGAGGAUGGGAUUCCCCGUUUGGCUAUGGCGUCCUAAAGUUCAGCCGAAAUCGCCGGUGGAGCCAGGAAAUUAUCUUUGUUGCGGAUGUUGCUGCUGUACCGCGAAGUGCUGCUUCACCUUUGACACGAUCAUCUGGGUGAUCUCCGCGGCCUUGUUCUGUCUCAUCGUUGGAAUCUCGCUCAUCAUUAAGCCCCUACUCAUAUGGCGCUAUCUCGAGAAUGCACAGUUUUUCAUAUGGGGUGCCACCGUGUUA